UCAGUAACCACUCUUUACUACAACCGACACAUUCUGAUAAAUAUUAUUGAAAUAUUCUGUUUAAAUCGAACGUGUUUUAGAUACAAUUUUUUGCUAGAUUUGUGUCUAACAUUAUAUAGGUACAUUAUUUUAUAGAAUGACAUCUUUAAAUAAACUUGUUUCUUUUUUUAUUAUAUCGGGUUUCGUCAGUGAAGCUUGGUGUAUUCGUUGUUAUUACUGCAAUAGUGAAAAUAACACAGCCUGUCUUGAUGUGAACGCUUAUAGCGAGGAUAUAAGAUCACGUAUUGUGCCUAUCGUCGAAUGCGAAUCCGCCAUACCAAAUCCCGGAGGUUACAGUUUCUUCUGCAGAAAGAUCUCUCAAACUAUAUUCCAUUCUCAUCGUGAGUCUGACAUUCGAGUGACGCGAGGAUGCGGCUGGAUGCGACAUUCUCAGCCGUGCUACAGAGAUGACAACACUGACCACCUUGGCAUCUCCUGUCAAUGCUUUGACGACUAUUGUAACUCGUCUGACAGAGUUGACCCCUCCACAAUGGCUAUCAUGUUCUGUUUCUUUGCCGGUGUAUUAUAUUUUUGGCGUUGAAUUUUAAGAUUGUGAGUUUGAUUAUUGUGCUGUAGGUUAAAUUUGCGUUUAAUAAUUUUUGAACAUAACAUUUUCCUUUCUUUGUUUUUAAUACUUUUAUACAGUAGUUAAGCCACUGUGCUUAGCAAAGAAAACUUACAAAACCCUAAUAUUGCGAACUCAUCAGAAUUUUACUAUAAUUAAU